UCAUAAUCGAUGCACAUUAUUAUGACAUCUGCUAGUACAUCUAGUAUUAGAGGUAAAAAAAAAUAUGUUCUAAUUUAUAUAAAUCACCUCACUUGCAAAAUAAUUUUGGUAGUAGUUUGCUACAAUCUAGUGAGGUUCAACAAUCGCGAAAGGAGUACAGUGUCCAAUUCAUGAUCAAGUGAUCAAAUAGAACCUUGUGCCAUGUUGAAAAUUCAAUUUGUAUUUAUGAUGUGCAACUCUAAAAGAUCCACCAUUUGAAGUAGGGUUGUCUUUAGUUGAUUUGGUAUCCUAGACAAAAACUAAAAUUGUAUUUUCAUGCGGUAUUAGUCAGUAAUGUUUUACACCUUAAUUAUGUACUCCGUAUAUAGUAGUUGAUUCAAAGUAUCAAAUUAUUAUAUAUUUUUUGAAACAUUAUCGUUGUAGUUCAUAAUCACUCCUAUUACAAAAUUCUGAAUAUUUCAUAGUGUAUAAAUUAAGAAUGCUGUUUUCUUUUUCUUAAUCAAUUUUAAAUUAUAUUGAAUAUAAUAUAGUAAAACAUAUGUAGCUAUUACUAAAAUUGUACUCAUUAAAGAAAAUAGAUUGAAUUUACCGAUAAGUAAAACUAUUUCAUAGUUUUUGCAGUAGUUUAUAAAUUUUGUAUUACUCAUUCAUAAUGGCCACGUGACAAAUAUAUAUACUUCUUACUUUGUACAAGUUUUGCUUUUCUUCAAGUUUUGCGUAGUGGAGUAUUUCUUUUUCAGUAUUACCGAGGACAGAGUACUAAAUAUUGAUUAUAGAGAAUAUUACCCGAAAUAUGACUAAAAGAGUUUGAAAAUUUCAAAAUAGGGCUGUCAUGUUUUUAUUCCCAAAAUAGGACUAAUUACUGUCAUAUUUUGGCAGCACCAGACUUCAAACAUGGCAUAUUUUCCAUAUUGCUAUGUUGGGAAAGCAGGUGUGGCGCCUUAUUAAACAGUCGGGGUCGCUUGUUAGUAGAGUUCUUCGUGCUCGAUAUUAUCCCAAGGGUAAUAUUCUGGUUGCGGGGGUAGGGAGUAAUCCCUCCCUUAUUUGGAGGAGUAUAAUUACGGCCAUGCCUACGGUCCAGGAGGGGCUGAUUUGCCGGAUAGGGGAUGGAUCUAGUGUUAGGGUCUGGAAGGAUAAAUGGAUCCCUAGUUCCCUACCAAAAAUGGGGGGCGAGCGGCGAAUGGUAUUAUUAGUGAGCUUGAAGAUAUAAAGGUGGACUCACUAAUAAAUGAGAGUGGUAACGACUGGGAUUAGGAUAUUUUACAUGAUAUUUUUCAGCAGGAAGAUUGCAAAGCUAUCUCGGCCAUACCCUUAAAGGGCUUUCGGGGAGGGGAUGAAUUGAUUUGGGCGGCUGAGAGAAAUGGAAAAUAAUCGGUCCGGAGUUGCUACAGGAAGCUUGCUACAUAUGUGGAGAAUAGGCCGGACUGGACUCGAGUUUGGAAGCUAAACUUACCACCUAAAUUGAAAACUUUUUUCUGGCAGGUUUGCACGGAUUGUCUGCCGUCAAAGGAGCGGCUGAUCCAGCGGCGCGUGCCGGUGUGGCCGAUAUGUACCGUAUGCGGACAAGAAAGGGAGAGCAUGAUGCAUGUUUUCCGGGAUUGUGCUUUAGCAAGAGAAGUUUGGAGGAGCCGAAACCAAAUCUUUUUGCAAGUAGGGGCUGCCUGCUUUGGAGAAUGGGCCAACAAGGAGGCACGACUUCAUAUGUGCAGUAGGCCGAUAACAGCUCCUGGCAGUACAGGGGGUCGGGCAGGAGAUAUGGAGCUGGACAAAUGGCAACCACCGAUGGCGGGAGUUGUGAAGAUUAAUGUGGAUGCAAGGGCUCAUAUGCAAGAUGAUUGGCGGGGAAUGGAGCUGGUUGCAAGAGAUGAACGAGGCUCUUUUAUUGCAGGAAGAAGUAUAUGGGUGCGGGGAAGGUUUGCGGCUAGUACAACGGAAGCUCUAGCAGUUCGAGAGGCUGUUAUUUGGGCAGGACAGGCCGGGUGGUCAAGUGUGUUUGUUGAAUCCGAUGCUCUCUCAGUGGUCCAGGGGAUUGCAACUUCGGAUGGUAUUGCUUACGAGGAUAGCAUUUUUGCUAAGAUUAGACAUAUGAUAGCUAGUUUUGCUAAUUUAAGUGUCCAUUUUGUGAAGCGAUCAGCGAAUCGGGUUGCUCAUACUUUGGCUCAGCGGGCCGAUUCGGAGUCUGAUUGUUUAUGGGUGGGAACUCCACCGGAUUGUAUUGUGAACUUGCUUCGGUUUGAUUGCUAAAUAUAUGUUAUUUGAUUUUCAAAAAAAUUACUCCUAUUUUAGGAAUAAAAACAUGGCAGUCCUAUUUUGGAAUUUUCAAACUCUAUUAGUCUAAUUUUGGGAACUUUCCCUUGAAUAUAUAACAAUAAUAAUUUUUUAAAAAAAUUGAUGCCCCACAAUAUCUCAGUGCCCUAGGCAUUUGCCUAGGUGCCCCCCCAUAGCCGGUCUUUGUACCUUUUUAUUAAAAAAAAGUGAAUUUAGUCAUCUAACUUUUAAGUGAAUCGAUCAAGUUUACGAAGUGCUAAAAACAAUUCUUGAUUACACACUUUAUUGUUGUACACACUUGUGCACACGCCUGUGAAGACUUUCUUUUGUCUGUCACAGACAAAACACGUUUUGUUAGUGAAAGACAAAAGAAAGCAUUCACAUAUGUGUGUACAACAAUACUAAUGUGUACAAAAGAUUUUUCUGCUGUACUAAAGUGAAACACAUAUGUGAUCGUUUGAUUUCCCAGUUGAUGGUCUACGUGGAUGUCUAACUGACAUUUUUUACUAUUUAUUUAUAAUUUUUCCUUUUCUUUUCCCUUUUCCCUUUUCUUUCUUAUUUCCUUUCUUUCUUUCUUCCAUUCUUUCUCUUUCCUCCAUUCCUUCAUUUAUACCUCCCCCUUCAUAUGAACCGCCUAUGUGGACUCCACCUUGGACCAUCUCCUCAAGAGUGACCUCUGCCACCUAGCCUACAUGCCUCAACACCCACAUGCCCCUUGCCGCCCAAGCUCCAUAACCACAACCUUUGUGGCCUUGUGCCAUCCACAGUGAUCCACCUUAGCUACCCUUACCUCCUUAACCAUUGCCUCAAUGACCUCCAUCACCACCUCUUGCUUGCGCUAAUUACAACAUGAAUUUUGACUUGUCGGCUCCACUGUCAAACACGGCUGGGAUUCAUCCUCAACAUUUUGUCGGAACAAUGUUGCCAAUUUCUAUCUUUGUUCUCAUGAGGAAUAACAACAAGCAUCGGCAAGAGUUUGUGGAGGUCAAGGUGGGUCUCGAUGAUAAUUUUGUCAUUCUCUUAACGCGAAUAGAGUGAAACCAGCAAUGGGCGUGAUAAAUUUGUAUAUUACGAAUGCACUUAAUAUAUUACCUAUGUCUCAAUGGGCGUGUCAUUCUCACUUAAUAUGUUAAUAUGUCUAUGUUGAGAAAAGAGAAUGCCAUUGCACAUUUUAGUUAAAAAUGCCAUGUUUUAGUCCUAUUAAACAUGUCAUUUUUCUCAACAAGACAUAUUAAUAUACUACCUAUGUCUCAAUGGACAUUGCACAUUUUGAAUUAGGCGAGAACAGAGAAUCGAAAAAAGUUAUGUGGUUAAAAUUUGUAUAGAAAAGAGAAAAAUGAAC